AUGACAGGCGGGAGCCAGCGCCAGCACUUCGAGGUGCAGCGACAAAAGGCGCACCUGGAGGGCGUGCUGGAGGUGACGCGCAAAGAGCUGGAAGAGACCGGCGCCGAGCGCGCCGAACUGCGCCAGCAGCGCGACGCGCUGACGGCUGAGGCGGUGCUGCUACGCGGCCGCGCGCGCGACCUGGACGCACAGCUGGUGGAGGCGCGCGCCCGCCAGGAGACGCUGGCGGCCGAAGCGGCUGCUGCGCGUGACGAACUACGCCAGAGCGAGGUGGCGGCGUGCGCCGGCCGGCAAGAGCUGGAGCAGUCGCGCCGCGACGCCGAGGGCCGCGAGGCCACCAUCGCCGCGCUCAAGACCAAGGUGGCCGAGCUGGUGGUGGAGGCGCAGCAGCGGCUGCAGGAGCGGCUACGCGCCGAGAGCGCCGGCCAGGCGGCGCGCGAGGAGCUGGAGCAGCGCGAGCGCUCGCGCGACUGGUAUCGAAGCCAGCUGAAGGCGUCGCAGGAAGCGCACCUACAGCAGCAGCAGGAGCUGAUGGCCGCCCAGACGGAGCUGUUAACGCAGAGGAGCGGCGCCGAGCGGCUGCGCGGUGAGCUGGCGCUGGCGCGGCAGGCGGCGGCCAGCUCCCAGGCGCGCGCCGUCCGCGAAAAGGAGAGCCUUAUGCGCCACCUGGAGAACAUCAGGGCAGACAUCCUGCAGCGAGAGACGUACUUUCAGACGAUGAAACAGAGCCGUGCCGGGCCGUCAGUCAGCGCAGCCUCCAGUCAGGAACUAGACGAGGCUAAGGCCAAGGUGCGCAGUCUCGAGCUAACGGUCGGCGAGCUGAAGCAACAGCUGGAGAAGUCGGCAGAGGACCUGGCAGCAGCCGCCAGCGCCAACGCCCAGCUGGAGAAGGCUGGCCUGGCGUCCCGGCUCGCCUUGGCCGAGUGCCAGGAGAAGCUGUCGCAGCAGAGCAACCAGUCGGAGACGCUGAAGCUCCGCUGCCAGGAGGGCACUCAGGUGCUCGACCAGCUCCGCGCGCAGGUCAAGGAAGGCGCCGCCGCCAGGCAGGCUCUGACGGAGCAGAAGACCCGGCUCGAGGUGGCGCUGGCGUCGGCGAACCAGGAGAAGCGGGACGUGGACGACGCAGCCCGCGGUCUUUCGAACGAACUGAAGAAGAUGUCGGCCAGCUUUUACAAGCUCAAGAACAACGCCGGGUCCAAAGACAAGCAGCUCGACGAGCUGAGAGAGUCACUUAGCGCUCGAGAAAGCGAGUUGCGGGCAUGCAGCGACAAGCUCGAAGAGGCCAGUCGGCUGCAGGUCCAGGCCGAUCAGAUGGCGGACAAGAUGAGCAUCUUUGACAAGAUGAACGAGCAGAACAAACAGUUGAUGGUGCAGAACCACGAACUGCGGUAUAAGGUGCAGCAGCUGACGCAGGACCGUGCGGUGCUUGACCAAGGCCGGCUGAAGCUGGAGGAGGUCGUGCGCAACCUGCAGUGCCAGGUCAACGACUCGGUGCAGAGGGAGGCCAAUGCAAAAGCCUCGUUGGACGAACGCAACAGCCGGAUCAGGGAUCUGGAGGAUCAGGAUGAGAAGUCGAAACAGGAGCUGGUGGCCGUCAAAACGUACGCCAGGACGUUGCACCAGAGCAGCCGGGAAGACGACCAGAAACCGGCGAUCGGUCAGGACGCGUCCGACAUCGCGGAGACGGCGCCCGUGGUGGAGGGCGACGCGCCGAGGGGCCGGGCAGACGUGCCGAACCAGGACGCCGCGACCGAGCCGGCGGACGAGCUGCGCCACCAGGUCAGCCUGCUGUCCGUCCAGAACCGAGAGCUGGAGCGCCGGCUGCAGCUGGCGGCGCAAGCGAGUGGCGCCCAGUCAGCGGCACAGGAAGACGCCGACCGGCUGCGCCAGGAGAACGCGGCGCUGAGUCAGCAGCUGGCCGCGCUGACUCAGCAGCUGCGGCGCCAUCAGCAGGACGCCGAGAACGAGCGGCGCGCGGCGGCGGCCGGCUACAAGGAGCGCCAUCGCUGCUACCAGUCCAACAUUCGCGUGCUCACGCGCAAGCUGCGGGAAUACAUGCGCGCGCUGAAGACGGCCGAGCGUGAGCUGGCGGAGCGGCGCCGGGACGCGCAGCGCGCGCGCCAGGAGGGGGAGGAGCUGCGCGCCCGGGCGGAUGACGCGCAGCUGUUGUCGCUGGAGGUGGAGAAAGAGCGCGGUCGGCUCGAGGGAAUGGCCCAGUCGUACACGGCCCUGCAGCGGCGCGCCGCUGAGCUGGAGGCGCUGCUUGCCGGCUACGAGGAGCAGCGGCUGGCGGCCUGUUCGCCGAGCGGCGCGACACCUCCCGUCUGA